CCAGCAACGUGAGACCCUCUGCCUCACGGGCUGGGAUUCCAUACUAUAGCUCUCCAGAAUUGCCCACUCGGUUCGUGGUCGACGCUUCCUACUCGUAGCUUGUUGCCAUCGCUCGCUACUUCUCCUCGUCAUUGUUGUCACCCGCAUACUGGACCGCAUGCUGGCAUGUUCUCGACCUCUGGAGUAAUCGCCCCUCUUUUCAAUCACUGCCUCGAUCAGUGAUUCUCGAUGCAGGUACUCUUGAAUAUGCCAACAAACCAUCAGGACCAUCACCAGACCGGUUAUGGCCAACCUGGCUGGAUCAAUGUUCCUGGCGGCUUCUCUAGCCCUCAGACCUCCAUGUCUCCCAUUCAGGACUUUCCACCUUACGACUACCAUGCGACAGCUCCAGUUCCCAUGGAACCGGCUUACAACAUGCAACGGCCCGUGUCAUUUGGCACUUCUCAUGCACCAAUGCCCCCGCCAUUGAUCAUGCCUCAUAGUGGACUGUGGCCAAGUAUGCUGGCAAGCCAGCCUCAGCAAGCAUACUCGACGCCAAUACUUCCUGCAGGACCACUCCACACGCCAUUGUCUGCCGGAACAGCAUCGGACGCAACGCCCACAAGUGCCAAAACGCCCUCCCGACGUAAGCUCACCGACGAUGAACGCCGCCAGAUGUGUAUCGAAGCCGAGCAAAACCCAAACAUGAAGCAGAUUCAGAUUGGAGCAAAGUUCAAUGUUGAGAGAAGCACCGUGUCCAAGAUCUUGAGGCAGCGUGAUAAGUACAUGAAUCCCAAGCCAAAACAGGACAAUUCAAGCCCCGAGAAAAAGUCCAAGGCCCGCUUGCCUGACUUCGAGAAGACGCUCGCAAAUUGGGUCAAGAAUCAGCGCAAGAAAGGACUUUCGACCACUGACCAAGAGCUUCGGACUCAAGUCCAAGUAUUUUCUUUCAGCAGAAGUGACCAAGAAGUCGUAUCCACCUCUUUGUGGCUCGAGGACUUUAAACGAAGAAAUCACCUGGUCCCUUCUACCGACGAAACCGAAGCAAGCACGAGCCAGGAUACCAAAUCCAGAACGGCCUCGCCGGAGGACGACACCUCUAGUUCUUCUGACAUACCAUCUCCUGCCAUGUCAACCAUCGAAGAGGUUUCGGACGAAGCUAAUGUGAAACUCGAGGAAGGCGACUUCUUCGACUUUGACGUCGCAAAGGACUCUUUUAUCCCGUCUCCAAUCGACUACGUGCUGGCCUCGGAGACCGACAAAGAAAGCCUUCAAAAACUGGACCACCUCUCCCCCAUUGCGGCGCCUGAAGACGACAAAGCUGCGCUUAUAGAUAUGGGCCGAAAUUUGGUCAGGGAGAAUAACGUGGAUAUGCCGAGCAGACAAAGAAGCCAGACAUUUCCCCAUGGAUCUGAUCAGACCUCAACCAGCAGCGGAUUCACGGGUCCUUCUUUGCCCGUGCGAUCUCUAACAUCGGCCACAGUCGAAACGCAACCCACGGCGAUUGAUCCUCGCCAAAUGAUGAAACGAAACAAAAGUGUGCCCGACAUUCAUAGCCCAGAGGAGGUGCGCUAUUCAUCUAUGCAACCUCCACUACUGCCACGAUCAGCUGAUACCUCACCCAUCAGCUUGCCCAACACCCCAGCUGAGAAUGACCUGAUCGCGGCCCUACACCACAUCAAGGCACUACUGGAGGAAAAUCCGAGUGUUGCGGCUCCAGACGACUACAUUGCCAUUGGAAAAUUGAUGGAAAAGGUUCGCAUUCUGACGCCGCCGACCAUCUCUUCAUUGCCAGGAGGGAUGCACCCUAUCGAUGUCAUGGACAGUCCACGCAUCUCCAAGAAGAGAACCAUUCAGGGUAUAUCGACCUAAGCGCACAGGACCGGACCGAUGUUCGACCUACUUUGUCAAGGGAGAAUACGGGACACGAGACUGGGAACAUAAUGAGGACUGGAAAUGCAUCAGCACUAUGAGCACACCCCUUUGUUAUUUUGCAUGGAGCAUAGUAUCAUGGAGACUAUGGAACUGGAGUUGUAGCACUAUCACGGUCAACCAGCGACAACUGAGCAAACCACAGGAACGAGCAUGAGGCACGAGUUGCAGCAGUUUCACCAUCUUGAUGAGCAAGAGAAUGAUUAACAACUGGAAAGAGCGUGGAAGCUCUACGACACGGGUUUAGAAAUAGCGCAGCCUCACCGCAAGUUUCUUUUUCGCAGCGCAUGACGAGGGUAUGAGUAGGGCAUGGGAACAAGAUGACGGAGUUAUCGAGGUUGGAUCUCGAGAUCGGAGCGUCAGGGGAUAUUUUUCUUCUUCUCAUUCUUCUUCUUUCAUUCUUUUGCUUCACCCUCUUGUAACAGUAACAAGCCAGGGUCAAGGCACAUUUAGUUUUCUCCUGGAUUUUCCCACGGGGAGGGUCGGACAUGCACGUCCGAGGGGACGAGGGCCAAGGGGAAGGGACUGAGACGGUCAAGGCAUAUAACAUUCUCUAUUGCCUUGUUCGAGGGGAUGAGAGA